AUGUCCGAGAACCCUGAAUGGAUUGAAAUCCAAGUCAAUACGUUUACAAAUUGGCUGAAUCAUGAGCUUCGACAUACUAGCAUAACAAUCAACGAUCUGUCCACGGAAUUAUCGACCGGUAUAACAUUGAUUCGAAUUGUUGAAUGUCUUCAACAACGAAUAUGCAAAGCCAAGGUUUAUGUGAACAAUCCCACGGAAAUACAAUGUUUGAUGAACAUUCAAAUAGCACUGGAUGCUUUGAAUGAAAAUGGCAUUAAGUUGGUCAAUAUUGGUAGGUUUUUAUAAUAGCAUUGGCUAAAAAAUUUUAAAAAUCUUUUAUUCUUUUUUUAAAAUUUUUAUUUAUUUUUUUUACAUUUUUAUUUUUUUUGUAAAUUUUUGAUUUUUUUAAAAUUUUGUUUUAUUUUUUUUUAAAUUUUCAUUUUUUUUAAAUUUUUUAUUUUCUUAAAAAUUUUUAUUUGCUUUUUAAAGAUUUUUUAUUUUUUUUUAAAUUUUUAUUUGUUUUUUUUCUUUAAUUUAUAAUUUUUUUUAAAAAUUUUAUUUAAUUUUUUAAAUUUUUUUUUAUUUUUUUGAAUGUUUUUACUUUUUUUUUAAUUCAAUAUUAAAAAAUAAACUCUAUUUUUUUAAAAUUUUUAUUUGUUUUUUUCUAAUUUAAUUUUGUUUUUUAAUUUUAAUUUUUUUAAAAUUUUUUAUUUUCUUAAAAAUUUUUAUUUGCUUUUUAAAGAUUUUUAUUUUUUUUUAAAUUUUUAUUUGUUUUUUUUCUUUAAUUUAUAAUUUUUUUUAAAAUUUUAUUUAAUUUUUUAAAUUUUUUUUUAUUUUUUGAAUGUUUUUACUUUUUUUUUAAUUCAAUAUUAAAAAAUAAACUCUAUUUUUUUAAAAUUUUUAUUUGUUUUUUUCUAAUUUAAUUUUGUUUUUUAAUUUUAAUUUUUUUAAAAUUUUUUAUUUUCUUAAAAAUUUUUAUUUGCUUUUUAAAGAUUUUUAUUUUUUUUUAAAUUUUUAUUUGUUUUUUCUUUAAUUUAUAAUUUUUUUAAAAUUUUAUUUAAUUUUUUAAAUUUUUUUUUAUUUUUUGAAUGUUUUUACUUUUUUUUUAAUUCAAUAUUAAAAAAUAAACUCUAUUUUUUUAAAAAUUUUUAUUUGUUUUUUUCUAAUUUAAUUUUGUUUUUUAAUUUUAAUUUUUUUAAAAUUUUUAUUUUUUUUUCUUUUAAAUUUUUUAAAAUUUUUAAUAGUUUUUUAUCUUUAGGCAGUCAAGACAUUUACGAAGGAAACCUCAAGCUCAUCCUCGGCCUAAUAUGGGCUUUGAUUCAACGCUAUCAACUUGGUACAGACGCUAAGCCAUUAUCUAAGAAGCUGGUGUUAUCAUGGCUUCAAGCAGUACUACCAGAGGUACAUUUGAGUAACUUUCGAUCGAAUUGGAACAAUGGAAUUGCUUUAUCAGCUUUGAUAAACUACUGUGAUGACAAGUUGUUGAGCGAUUGGAGAGAUAUCGAUCCGGAGAAUCGGUAAGUAAAAGGUUUAUGGAUGGCUUCAACGAGAUCUACAGGUAGGUCUUGUUAUACAUGACAAAAUCUAUAGGAAGGUCUUGUUAUAGUCAAAACUUUGUAAAAAUUUAAAACUGUUUUCAUUUAUGUGGUACUACUGGUACUACUGGUACUAAUGGUAUUACUGGUACUAAUGGUACUACUGGUACUAAUAGUACAAUAAGAGAAGUCUAGUGUAAUUUUAGAAGCACAAGUAACUGAGCUCCAAAUCAUUUUACAUUUCAGCCUCCAAAACUGCCAAAAAGCAUUAAAAAUCGCUGAAGAACACCUCAACGUACCUACUAUAAUAUCAGCCGAAUAUCUAAGUUCAUCAGACUUGGAUGAACUGUCAUGUAUGACAUACUUGUCAUAUUUUGUCCGUAAAGAUGGUCCUGGAUACAACGCUACAUUAAGAGAUGUCCAAGGAGUGCUGUAUGAUUUGGAGAUUCCAGAUUUUGGAGUUUGCUUCAAUGAUGGAUACCUACUAUGCAGAAUGGUCAAUGUUUGUGGUGGAAAGAUUGAUUUGGAGGAAAUGACAUUUGAUGACAAAAGUCAUUGGAGUUGGAAUGUUAGACAGGGUAUGUGGGUUUAUUUAGCUCUAUUUUAACGUAUGUAUACUAGCCGUUAUCUUAAACUUAUACUAGCUUAUCUAUGGGAGCUACGGCCAGCUAAAGGCUAGUACAAGUGUUAGGGCUAUUCUUUUUUAAAACUUAUCUUUUCAGCCUUAGAUGCAGCAAUAAACGUUGGAAUUCGAACUACACUGCAAUCUGAUGACAUAACUUCUAGUAACCCUGAUCAUCUUGGUAAACAUCCUUUAUUUCCUUUAUAAACCAUAGUAUUAGGAUGUUCAAAUAAUUCUCUGCCCCUUAGCCCAGCAAAUUUUCUUGCAAAGGGGGCAUAAGAUUAUAAGAACAACCUAAUAUAAGCCUAAAAGAGCUCAUAAACAACAUACAGGGUAGUUCUGUUACAAAUCAUUAUCGGUCGUUUCCUCUAUGUUUUUUUUCGUUUUUUAGUAUUAUAACUCUGUUUACCGUAGUAAAAAAGCUUAUCGCAACAAAAAACCAUGUUAUUCCAGCUAUAAUGAACAUAUGUGCAAUGCUAAUACAAAAACAGCAAUAUGAAGAACCGAGUACCUCAGCAGGAACCUCAGCAGAAUGUUAUAAUGGGCAACAACUGAAAAUGGACUUGGCAUUUGCUGAAAAAGCUUCAGUUGACAUUGACGACUUGGAUGUUGUGGUAGAGGAUGACGAUGGAAACAUUGUAUCAAAUGAUGUGCUGAACCUGGUGAAACGAGAAACUGAUGGCGGAGCUAGCUUGACGUUGGUUCCUGAAGUUGCUGGGUGUUAUCAGGUAAAAUUUUGA